UGAGUGUGUGUAUACGGAGGCGAUGUUUCGCCGAAUUCCCUCGUUCGCGUGCUGAAAUGGACCGGACCGGGUCGCGUGCGUCCUUUCUCAGGGUUCAUGUGUUCGCGUGAAGCGGCGCGCGCACCCGCGUUACAGCCUGCUUAUCUCGGACACAGCGGAAUUAACGGCAAUAAAGGCUUUACGGAGCUGGAGAGCGCAGAUACAUAUACGGAUUUUGUAGGUUCGGAUUUUUAUUUUGGAGAGCCUGGGAGAGAGAACUGUGUGGAGACCAGGAGGUGUGUGUGAUGAGGGGUGUGUAGUGAUGAUGAUGAUGAUGAUGGUGAUGAUGAUGAUGAUGCUGAGCCUGGCCCUCUGCUGCAUCUCCAAAUGACAGAGAUGCCUGAAACUGGAAGGCAGUCACGCAGGAAGAUGGACGUCUUCCGUGGAGGAAACACGUCAGCUUCAUGCAUUAUGUCGUAAACGGCGAGCAGGAUGGAGAAGUCAGCGGGAGAGAGCGCAGGUUUGAGGGCGGUGCCAGCCAAGGCUCGGCGUCUGAUUGGGUGCUGCGUGCUCCUUCUCUUGGCAUUGAUGCUUGUUUCCAUAGCGACUACAAGCACACCUGUGUCAGAGAAACUCCCAUCUGGUCUAUUCAAACGGGACUCUGGUUUCUUCCCGACACAUGCAGGCUUGCAACAAGCUCCGUUAUCCUUAUCGCAAUACUCAGAAAACCCCAGACGCAAAGCUCAUACAUCAUCAGAUGCCAAGCAUCCUGCACACCCUGUUCGCCAUGACAAUGCAUCUGGCAUAGCUCCCACCCCAUCCCUAGGUGCUGAUGGUGGGUCAGGUAACCUAGGUGAUAGCGCACAUGGCAUUCACCUGCUGCUACGUCCUCCGGACCUUCUCACACCAAGUCAGAUGCCUCCUCUUCAUGGCCACAGCCCGCCUACACCGGCUCCUCCUACUUUGCUCAGCCAUGAAGACCUAGACUCUGCUCAGUCUACAGAAGUAGACUGGGGUUCUGGGGAUUACCUGGAGACUUUAACCUUCAUGGGCUCUGAUGGAGAUGACCUUUCUCUGGUCACCACCCUUCCCACACAUGGAUAUGACUCAUAUGAAAUUGAGGAUGACAAUGCUGGGAUCCGCUACAACACAGACUUUCCAUCCCGGCCCGUUUUAACUCUUUCCUCUAGGCAUCUUCUCCCGAGCGUAACUCUUGGAUAUGGAACUAGCCUAAGGACUGCCCACCCCUCUGAUCCCCGCUUGCCCCAUGUCCCUGAUACUGCCCAGGAUGAUCUGGAUUUUGACUGGGCAGAACUGUACCCUAUUGAGCCCACUGAAAUGCUGCUUCCAGAUAUGAACAGUAUGGAGUACUACAACACGCUACUGGCCAAAGAGAAUGCUAGUGCUGCUCGCAACCAGACACACUUGACUCCCCCUCAUAUCACUCCCACAGCGACUCAUACACAACCUACGGGCGCCACCCACACACUUGCCCCUUCUCUGGAUGUGGGCCCUAGGACAGUAACAGACCAAGUGGAUGCACCUCACUCUGUACCUGGAGUUACCCCCACUCCUCCACGAAAACCUACUACACACCCUAUUCCUCCUACAGAUCAUCAGCGGCCAGCUGAAGUACCUUCUUACCCAGGGAAGGGGUCUCCUCAACCAGCUUUACCAGAUGCUAAAGAAGGUCGUGAACAACCUGUAGCUCCAUCAGCCCCGGCAAUUAUCUCACAGGGUCCAGUCAUCCAGGCUGUAACAGUUAAAGUCCCUACUGCUCACAAACCUCAAACACCUUCCAGAGCCACGACUACCACUACAACAACAACUGCCGCUUCCAAACCAGUACCUCCUGCGCCCAGAAUCCCACUUUCCAUUGCACCCCGGCAGUAUGUCUGCAACAUCACCAAGCAAGACAUGUACCUGGUCAGAGUAGGCAUGCCAAGUUCGACCUCGGUGGCGUUUGCGAAGGCUCAUGUGAAGGAGAUUUUGAGACGAGAGUUCAACCGGACAGUAGAGCUGCAGGUCCUUAAAGCUCCGCCCAAUUUUGUUUUCCGGGCCGUGUCUGGUCCACUCGUAUACACCGCAGUGUCAAUCAUCAACACUCUCCGCCAAUCAGCACGCAGCACCUCGUCCUCCACCAUCCUCACCGUCACACCCAUAUAUCCUGUACCUGAAUCCAUCAAUCAGGUGCACUCAGUUUUGCAGUUUGUGCCGAGCCACGUGGACGUGCGUGUGUGCAGCUUCAGUGAGCGUGUGGAGAGGGGGCUCUUCAUGGCUUAUUCAGAAGUCCGCAGGCGACUGCAGGAGAACGGAAACUUCUCUGUUCUUAUCUUGAACAUCACUAUCAGUUUGGCGAAAGGCCAGAAGCAGCAGAAAACUCCGGUGGACAUCACGUUCGCCAUCCGCGAUUCUCACGGCUACCUCAGAGGCUCGGACGUCAGCGCUCACCUGAGACAACUGCAUGUGGUGGAGUUCAGCUUCUACCUGGGCUUUCCUGCAGUGCAGAUCGCAGAGCCUUUUCAUUAUCCGGAGCUGAAUGUAUCUCAUCAUUUGCGAUCGUCCUGGGUGAAGACAGUGUUACUGGGCGUGUUAGAUCAGCGUGUGAGUGAGAGGACGUUCCAGGCUAAAAUGGAGAGGAGACUGGCUUUGUUGGUGGGGGAGGGGCUCGGGCUCGGUGGUGGGCGUCGCUGGAGACGAGCAACCACUGUGGGCAACAACAGCGUGCAGAUUGUACGAGCUUCACGCCUGGACGGGGCAGAUAACCCUCUAGAGCUGGUGUAUUUUGUGGAGGCGGGGUCAGGUGAGCGGCUGCCGGCUCAGACCACUGCUGCCAUGCUGAACAGACUCAACCUGCAGAGGGCAGCAAUUGUCUUGGGCUACCGUGUGCAUGGGAUACUGGCUACACCGGUGGAGAAGUUAUCCCUGACCCCGUCUGAGACACAGCCCAGUAAUGUGUGGCUGAUCAUUGGGGUGGUGGUCCCCGGGGUGGUGGUCCUCCUCAUCAUCAUCAUCCUCUACUGGAAACUGUGCCGCUCGGAGAAACUGGAGUUCCAACCAGACGCCAUGAGCACCAUCCAACAGAGACAGAAGGUCUGGGUCGAACCAUUUCACAGUCUCCAGGCCCCGAGUGUGAAAGGCUUUGACUUUGCCAAGCUCCACCUUGGACAGCAUAGUAAAGAUGACAUCAUGGUGAUCCAAGAACCCUCUCCUAUGCCUCCAUCUGUUAAAGAGGCCACGCCCUCUGAGGGCGGAGAACUGAACACGCCCAAAUCCAAAAGCUCCUCCACUAAAGUGUCACGUGCAGCUCGGAGGAGGAGCAGAUUGUCCCCAUCUGAUGGUGACUCAUUGGCUAGUGAGGGGUCCAGUGGCCGAGAGUCAGCAGAGGAAAGCACAAGACCUGCAGUCACACCCAGUGACAGCAAACCUCAUCACCGCAAGAGCAAACAUGCCAAGAACAAACUCAGUGCAGCAUCAGGCAGCGGAGCUGAUGAGCAGUUAUCUUCCUCCUCCAUAUUUGACCAUGUGGACCGUCUCUCUCGCGGCUCGUCUGAUGGAACACGCCGCGUCUCCAAUAAGGUCCAGUUAAUCGCCAUGCAGCCUGUCCCGAGCCCGCCCUCUCAUUCGCAUAACCAGGCUCUAAGCCCCGCCCUCAGUGAAAGGAUGGCGGAUGGAGGCAAGGUUAGCUCUGAGAUCCAGGUUGCUCUCAGGCAUAAGUCUGAGAUCGAGCACCACCGUAAUAAGAUACGACUGCGAGCCAAGAGAAAAGGCCACUACGAGUUUCCAUCCAUGGAGGACAUUAUAGCGGUGUUUGGGGACAGCUCAGAGCAGCAGCGGGUGUACCAGCAAGCCCAGGAGCAAAUACACAAGAUCCUGCAUCCUGAUACACAUACACCUUCACCCAAUGGAGAGCCUCACAGGAGCUCAAGAGGCAGACGUUCUCCCAGACAGCGUCAAAGGCAGAAUUUGAGUGGAAACAGUAGUCUGACAGAUAAAGAUCGUCUCAUUACUGACGGCGAUGCUACGUACAGGAAAUACCCGGGAGUGAACAAUGUGGCCUACGUGUCGGACGCGGAUCGACUCCCCGAUGUCAGCAGCCCCUCCCCGACUGAUGAGGUAUUUGUAGACCCAGGGUCUCCGCCUCCUGGCCCCGCCCCUGCUCCACCUGCUUAUAUUCCACCACAGCCAAGCAUUGAAGAGGCACGUCAGCAAAUGCACUCCCUGUUAGAUGAUGCAUUUGCACUGGUUUCACCCUCUUCACAGAGUAGCUCCGCCCCAUUGAACGUCACUGGGGUUACCACGAUUACUGGAGUGGAAGGGGUCAGUCCUGGUCCACCCUCGAGUCCACCACCGCGUUCUGUCCGCCAGUGGGGCUCGUCGUCCUACCCAGCAGCCCCUGCACACAGUCCUUUCUCUGCCAGGUAUGCCGAAUUAGGAAUGUCCCCUACAUCUGUGCAAAACUUACUGCAGAGGCAGGCAUUGGGCUCUGGAUAUCUGGCAUCAGGAGAACUACAGUCUGAUCCAGGUUACACAAGCAGGGGGCAGUAUGGGGAUGAUAUCUCAUCGUCCUCCCGACCACGACCUGUAGGGGGCAGCACUGGUGCACAGUUACAUCAGCUGACACAGGUAGGCCUGUCCAGUCAGAUUGCAGUGUAUCCCGGAGUGGGACGCAGUGUGUCCGGACCCUCAGGAUCCAGCUGGGCUCAGUACCGUUCAGACGAAGAGGUCUCCAGACCUGGAAACAGUCGAGAGGCUCAGAUCCUGUCGUUCCCUGAGUACUCAUCAUCUCCCGUGUUCCAGAUGCCCAGGUCAUCCCUGAGAGAUCCUCCCACGCCCACAGCAGGCUACAGCGGCCCGGAGGAAGCCUCUCCACCUGCGCAGUCCUCAGCCUCGUUGAUCAAGGCUAUCAGGGAGGAGCUGCAAAGACUCUCCCAGAAACAACCACCCAUGGCUGUCUACCACAGUUGAGAAACACUGGCUAAACUCCGCCGCCAGCUGGUCGCUGAACUAGCCGAUUUUAAACAUGCUACCUAAUCCCUCACUGAAUACACGCACCAGAGCCAAGGUUUGUUUGAACCCUAUUUCUAUUCAUAAACAGCAGGCUGGACUGCUGAGAGAUACCACUGCUGAGCAACAGUACAUGGACCAUUUGGAUAAAAACCUGAGGAGGGAAAAAAAAAAAAAUACACCCAGCAUACCACCAAUCAAACAUCACUUAAACUUAAAAUACAACAAGUCACCUCACCCACCAAUAUCCAAUAGAAACUCUUCUCUCCUAAACUGCAUGCUAUUUGGAAAUAGUUAAACAGAAGAAGAAAAAAAAAGGGACAUGUUUGUGAUUUUUUUUUUCUCUCAAAUCCAGCGUGAGACCCCUCCUCUCCUCAGUGCCAUUUCUACAUGUCCGUCAAAGUGCUUCCUUCAGAAGGGUCAUCAUCCAACCCCUCGACUUCCUCUGGUGCUAAAUCUCAUUCCCGUUUCCACCGACCAUGCCUGAAAAUUGAAGCAGUGGUCACCAAUGGCUCUUCCUUUAAAUCUAUAUUUCUGUGCAGUUCAGUUCUAACAGAAAACCCUGCUGAUGCAGGACAACAUCAUAACGUGUAUUAUGAUUGCUCUAGGCUUCAAACAGGGAAAGUAUAAAUAGUCUAGUAUCUUUUGAGACGAGUUCUUUGCUGAAAGGAAAAGUUGUGGGCCAAAGAGACAGAGUUCGACUAAAGAAUGGUGGCUGUGAACAAAGGGAGUUAUAUUUGGAUCAACAACAGACAGAGAGAACAAGAGGCACAACGUAUAAGAGCUCUGGUCGUAGGACCACUGAUGCUUCCUUCAUACAAUUUACCCAAUUACAAUUUUCCUGCUUUUUACUGAGAAAAAUCCUUUGUUCAGUUUUAGAGGGUUAGUCCAGAAACCGUUACUUCAUCCAUGUGGAGUUGCAUGUUCUCCCCGUGCCUUGGGGGUUUAUCUGGGUUCUCUGGUUUCCUCUUCCAGUCCAAAGACAUGCCUUGUAGGCUGAAUGGCAUCUCUAAAUUGUCGGUGGUGUGUGAAUGGGUGUGUGAGUGUGUGUGUGUAUGAUUGUGUCCUGCAAUAGACUGGCAUCCUGUCCAGAGUGUGGCCUGAUUUGAGUCUCCUGGGAUAGACUCUAUGGUUGGAUGGAUGGAUGGAUGAAUAAGUGGAUGGAUGGAUGAAUGAAUAUGUGGAUGGAUGGAUGGAUGAAUAGGUGGAUGGAUGGAUGGAUGGAUGAAUGAAUAUGUGGAUGGAUGGAUGGAUGAAUAGGUGGAUGGAUGGAUGGAUGGAUGAAUGAAUAUGUGGAUGGAUGGAUGGAUGGAUGAAUACGUGGAUGGAUGGAUGGAUGCUCUGUUUGAUUCUUCAUUUCGAAGUAUACAAACUCAAACCCACAGCUGUCUUUCUUGCUCCAAGCCGUCCAUUUAAUUUAGAGGGAGUUCAUGCUUAACGGUAGAUCUUCUGGAACAGACUUGGUGACCACUGCCUUCAGAGUUUUACCCAUGACCUUCUGUCUUCUGUCCAAACUCUAAACCAAGUGGACUCACGUGUGAGCAUUUGAGCUGGUCCAUUUUUUGCAUCAUCACAAAAAAAAAGUAGCCCGUCUGUUGCCUGCUCCAUUUUCCCCGGUGGAUCAAAAUGCCAAAACUUUCACUCAGUUAAAAAAAUGAAGGAUUACGUCACGAGACCCAAACUGAAGGCAAGUUGUUGCUCGGUAUCAUCAUGACUUCAUGUCGCCGUCUAUUCAGAAUGCUGGGACGAUUCGUAUUCUUUUCGUUCGUUCGUUCGUUUUCGAGCUUGUUCUGUUUGUUUUUUUUGCCUGUGGAUCGUGAGAGUCUGGCUGUGCCGUGAGCCGGUUGUCUUCAUUUAGAUUAGGGCACGCUUAGCGCUUUCCCCCUUUGGUGUGGAUACUUCUCAGUUUACAGCUGUUUGUUUUGCACAGUUUUUCAUCUUUGCACAAUGUUUUCGCAAUCGCAAUGCUAAAAAAAAAUUCAUAUAAGGGUAUCUGGAAAUAAAAUAAAAAACUAUUCCGUAUAGAUCUAUAUAGAUAUGCUAUAUAUAUACAGAUAUUAAGAAUUAUAUUAUAAUAUAUAUAAAUACAUAUAUCAAUUGCAUAUCGAUGUAUUCCUGAUGAGCACAAUAUGAUUGUAUGUCUAAACUAUAUAUUAAGAUUUUCUUUAUUUUAUUUAUCGCUAUAAAUAUAUGAAGUCAUUUCCAUGGUGGAUAACGUGUCGGUUUAUGAGAUAUGAGAAAAUAUAUAUAUACAGUAUAUAUUAAAAAAAAUGACCAGAUCACUGUUAAGGCAUAUAGAUGGUUUAGCUCAGUAGGCAAUCUGUAUUUCCGUGUACACAAUCAUGUGAAUUUGGGCUAAGAUUUUUUUUAAAAUUUUGUUUGUCAUGGUGGCUGUAAGGUUAUGUGAUGAGAUGGACCUGUUAUGUAUUGUGUUGUACACCAUGCCAUUUAUAAAGAAAAUAAUUUCUCUGACGGUUAAAAAUGGAGCAUAUACUCACCCUAACAGGCCUUAAGUCAAGCUGCAUGUUAAUUAUUGCUUUAUUUAUUUAUUUUUUCUUAUUUUAACGUGUUGUUGUCUUGAUGGGCAUGCUAAUAUAUAUGCUUUAAAAAAGAAACACGCUUAAAAAAUAACGGUGUGAAAUCCUAAAGCAAGCUUGAUAGAUAGAUUUUGUUGAACUCGAGUGAAUACUGUGUAAUUACUGGUGGUAGAGGAGACUCAACAUAGCACAGAUCAGUCACCUUGAUCAUGAGGGACAAUAAAAGAGGGAGAGAGAGAGAGAGAGAGAGAGAGAAAAGCUUCAAAUAUUUUGCAGUUUAUAUACCUGAGUAAUAUUUUUUUGAAACCACUGAAAAAAGUCAGUAUUUCUGAAUUCAAUACAAAAACACAGAGAUAUAACAUGUAUAUGGAGCAUUUUAACAAUGAAAAUGUGUAAAGGUAAAUGUCAUUCUCUAAAGCAGACUUCUGCAAAGACCAACUGGGAAAAUGAGUUUUCUUUGGGUAUUACACCAGUCAGCCAGUCAUGUACAGAGCUUCUGAGGUGACAUGGUGGAUGUUAGAAUAGAAUUAGAAAUGAAUAUGUUUCAGGCCACACCCAGUGUCUCUAAAAGUAUAACCUGAUCCGAUGGCUUAUUGUUAUGGAACGUCAUACUUAAUACAUGAGCUCUGGAAUUAUUUAACAGGAAUGUGCUAUUCAUUUGGAGAAUUCCUUAAGACUAGGGGUAUUUCCAUGUAGCAGAGACGUGGACAGAUAUACACCGAUCAGGCAUAACAUUAUGACCAGUGAGAGGUGAAGUGAAUAAGAUGAUUAUCUCCUCAUCAUGGCACCUGUUAGUGGGUGGGAUAUAUUAGGCAGCACGUGAACAUUUUAUCCUCAAAGUUGAUGUGUUAGAAGCAGGAAAAAUGGACAAGUGUAAGGAUUUGAGUGAGUUUGAUGAAGGGCCAAAUUGUGAUGGCUAGACCACUGGAUCAGAGCAUCUCCAAAACUGCAGCUCUUGUGGGGUGUUCCUGGUCUGCAGUGGUCAGUAUCUAUCAAAAGUGGUCCAAGGAAGGAACAGUGGUGGACCGGUGACAGGGUCAUGGGUGGUCAAGGCUCAUUGAUACAUGUGGGGAGUGAAGGCUGGCCCGUGUGGUCUGAUCCAGCAGAUGAGCUACUGUUGCGCAAAUUGCUGAAGAAGUUAAUGCUGGUUCUGAUAGAAAGGUGUCAGAAUACACAGUGCAGGACGGGUCAGGGAAGGUGGUCAUAAUGUUAUGCCUGAUCAGUGUAAAUACAUUAAUCAGAAUGAAUAUACAAAUACCGACAUGAUUCGGAAGUGCACUAUGGAUCUUGGCUCCUAUUUUGAUUAGAUUUUGGAUCAUAGAAUGAAGUAAAUCUUUGAAAAAUAUUCCAUGUAGAAACAAAAGAAAACCCAGUCCUGUACAGAUCUCUAGUGGAGAUCAGUUACGGACUGGAGUGAUGUAGCUGAGGUUGAGGAACUGUCAGAGACAGACUUGAUAGAUCAGUGCUGCUCUUUCUACAUCUGAGGUUUUUCCAGAGGCAUAGUGGAUCAUUUAGGGUUAAAAAAUAGGAAGAAAGGGGAAAAAAAACAUCCAGUUUAGGACACUUGAUAUUUAAAUCUGAGAACAUAUCCACACACAGAUAUUUAGAGCACUAAUACAGAACAAAUACACUAGAGUGUGUUACACCAACAUGAUAUCACAUCACUAGUGACUCUAGUAUGUUGGAUAGUGCAGGGUAUGUAUGCUUGCCUCACACCUCUGGGUGUUGGGGUUCGAGUCCCGUCUCCUCCCUGUGUGAGUGGAGUAUGCAGUUUGCAUUCCGUGCAUUAGGGGUUUUCUUCUGGGUGCUCUGGUUUCCUCCCCAUGUUGAAACAAUGAGUGUGUGUUAUUGUGCCCUCUGUCUGGUUGGCACCACAUCCAGGGUGUCACACACCUUGGGCCCCGCCCGAGUCCUCUGAGAUUGACUCCAGACUCGACAGGACCCUGUGUAGGAUAAAAUAGAUGGAUGGAUGGAUCAUCAUGAUGGUCUAAAUUCUGAAACGUAAAUGAAGCAGCUGCCGUGAGUUAAGUACUUCAUGGCUAUGAAUGCUCAAUAUAUUAAACUGUAGCAAUGACGUUUAAAAAAUAAGCAAAACACCAUGUCACGUCAGCGGCUCUGUAGUCAGGAAAUCACAAGUGAAGAUUAAAUACGAAUCUUUUAUUUACAUUAUCAUGCCAUGUUCCGGCCACCUGACCAAUAUGGUGCUAUUCAAUAUAUUUAUAAGUAUGUGUGUGUGUGUGUGUGUGUGUGUAUGUGUGUAUGUGUGGGUAAGAAUGGCAUAGUGUAAACCCAGUAAAAACCCUAUAACAAAACUUCCUUUGCUGUUGAAAUAACUCGGUCGUUGUAAAGAGAUAAACAGUAUUUGUGAUUCAUAUCUCUGGGUUUUCGUGAGUGUGAGUUACUGAGGAAGAGAAAUGACUGUUUUUGUUCAUGUAUAAGUGCCAUAGAGAAGGUAAUUGGGGGCUUAAAGGAAUACUCCAGCAUUUUUACAACCUAAUUUCUGUCAGCUUUAUUCCUAGCGUGUUUCUGUAUGAUUACUGAAGGCAAGAAUUAGGACAUUUUUCUGUGUUAAGAAAAGAAUUCAAUGGUGUUAGAGGUGGAAGACGCCAAAUUUAUAUACACAAGUAUAGGAUUAAAUAACUUCUACAAUUAAUAAGUAAAUAUUCAGGUAAAGUUCUUCAAUUUACAGUAUUUAAGUCCUAGAUAUACAGUGAAACCUUGGCAUAUGAUUGCCCUCUGUUACGAAUUUUCGCCUUAAGAAUGGAAAUUUUGCAAGAAAUUUGCAUCGGCAUACGAAGUAUUCUCAGCAAACGAAUGACCUGAACCGAUCGCUAAGUUGCUUGUACGUCUGGGAGCCGUUCAAAACUUGUUUUUGCGUCAGUGGAAACCAGCCUGAAGCAAGUUUACAAAUUUUACGAAUUUUUUUCCGUCAGUGAAAGCUGUUUCAAAAGAGUCAACCCACGAUAGCAUGCGUUCAAAAGCUAGGUGAUUUUUCUGCCAUUUUUUUGUUGACAGAUUGGUGGCGUGGAUGAUCUGUUCUAUUUUUAGCGCAAGCUUUGUAGCACGACUUCCUGUGAGGACCCUUGACCCUUGGAAAUUGGUAAUAUUGGUAAUAUUUUUGGGUGGCUGGACCGGAUUAUCUGCAUUUACAUUAUUUCUUAUGGGAAAAUCCUAUCGCAGUACGAAUUUCUGCUUUAAGAACUCGCCUCCAGAACGAAUUAAAUUCAUAUGUUCUGCUGUAUUCACAAAAGUAAAGCCUCAAAUCACACACUGAUUUUUUAUUUUAAGUUCAUGAUGAUAAAUUAGUGUUGCUUUGACCAAGGAAACUAGAAAUAAUAAGCUAGGCAAAAUGACCAACAACUCUAUUCCGAAUCUUUUCAAACUAGCAUGAAAGCUGAAAGCUAAUCACUAGCUGUAAUACAACCUGCAGUGAUAAAUACAAACACAAUUCAAUACAAAAGAGGAUGUAGCAGCAGAUUGAUGGGUUUUCGGUCUCGCUGGUAAAGGUAAAAAUUUGUUAUGAAUUUGGAUUGAAUUUGUUUCGGGCUAGGUUUGAAGAAUGCUGGAGUAUUCCUGAAACAGUAAAGAAUGAUCAUUUUUAGUCACUUCCAACGUCCCCAUUUACACCUGAUUCCAUCAAGGUUCAUGUGUCUGGAUCAUAUUUUAAUCAUGUUAGCCACAUUGUGUCGGUAUGCAAAUCAGCCUUGGUUGUUGCUCGUUUUUUGUUGGUUCAUGGCAGUGACAAUGGCUGCAUUGUUUUAAAAGAUUUAGUCAUCUGGAAUCAUCUGGAUAGGGUUUCAGUUCAGUUCAAAUGCAUUUCUACUUCUACAACAUCCGGCUAAAAUGUGUCUCAGGUCUCAAGUGGAUUGGUUUUAAACCCAAAUCCUUGCAUUCACAAGUAGAGAAUCCCUAUCCGGAUUAAAACCCGAUACUCAAUGCACUAUUUGAUGUUUUAAAAUGUACGCAUUUACAGUUGGUGUCUAUCCAGAUAGGUGUUAUCGACAUAAAAAAAAAAAAAGCGUAGUAAAUGCACCCGUUUAUGUGGAUAAUCCUCAUCUGCGUAUAAAAUCCGGAGUGUAAAUGGGGUCACGUGACAUCUAGGUUCCUUGUUAGCACCUGGGAAACCUCUUUCCUUUCGUGUCUAUAUUCCACCUCACUCUCUUGGUCUCUGCAAACUGCAUCCCUGUAUUUAACAUGUACCGUCUCUAGAUUGUUGUGCAAAAUUAACAAGGGAUAAUAAAAUC